CAAAUCUCGUAAACACCAGUUAAAUAGUAUUAAAUACUAAACUAAACAAACCCCAACUAGAGCCUAGAACUGAAGUGGUAGGUAGGUAUCGUUUCCAUUCCAGUGGUCACCGUUGACUUAUUCAAUAUUCCACCUGUGGCCGGAAAAGAUGAAGGAAUACGCCGGCAUGGUGGCAACACAGGUUGCACAAGUGUUACUGAUGAUAGUCAGCAAGGAAGCCAUUGCAGAUGGGAUGACCAGCUACUCCUUCAUCUUUUACUCCAACGCCAUUGCUUCACUUAUUCUUCUUCCUUUUUCUCAUCUAUUCCACAGAUCGUCAAACAGUCCUCCACUUAGCUUUAACAUCGUUGUUGGAUUUUUGAUUGUUGGCCUUCUUGGUUUCUUUGCUCAGAUGUGUGGUUAUACCGGUGUCUCAUACUCCUCUGCUACACUUGGAACGACACUGCUGAAUCUCAUCCCAGGUUUUACAUUCAUACUCGCCGCCUUAUUCAGGAUGGAAGUAAUCAACAUUAAACACUUAACGACACAGGCGAAAUUCAUCGGUACUGUAGUGUCAAUUGCAGGGGCUAUCAUCAUGACUCUUUACCAAGGCCCCCCAAUCAUAUCUUCACAGUUAAAAUCAAACAUCUCAAACAAUCUUCUCGGGCCAUCAUCAAACUGGGUGCUCGGAGGAAUCCUGUUAAUAAUCGAUGCCAUUUUUGCUUCUAUGUAUAUGAUAUCACAGGCGAUUGUCCUUAAGAAAUACCCUGCUGUAAUCACUCUAAUGUUCUCGUACUGUCUUAUCUGCACUGUUUUAUCCGGUGCAGUUUCUUUAAUUGUCGAAACUGACCUAAGUAGCUUCAGUUUACAGCCUUAUUCGAGACUGUUUUCCGUCCUUUUCUCGGGGAUAUUCGGGUAUGCUUUUCUCGUUACAGUUCAAUCAUGGUGUGUGCGAAAGAGGGGCCCGCUUUUUGUAGCUAUGUUUCAUCCGGUUGGAAUUGUGAUCGCUAAUUUGAUCGGUGUCAUCUUUUUAGGCGACGGUUUCUAUCUUGGAAGUUUGUUGGGAUCAAUUAUUGUUGUCAUCGGAUUUUAUACCGUGAUGUGGGGAAAAGCCCAAGAACAAAAGAUAUUGGACCCGAGUGUGAGCUCAAAGUUGGACGAUGAAACCGCCCCUCUCUUGCAAGAUGCACCAUAGACCGAAGGUCAACUCGUGCAUGACGGGUCAAUGUCAAAUGUAAUUUCAAAUCCAAGAUUCUAUACUUUCUGUAUUUUUAGAAACUGGGACUAAAUUUUAGAUUAUUAAUUGAUUAAUAUUGUUCAUAAACA